AUGUGCGUAGUUGCCGUCGCUGCCGACGUGACUGCGACACCCCUGGUAGGGAUGGCAGCGCGUCAUCAGCCAGACACACGAACACACAGCAGUAAUCAGAUAAUCAUAAUACAUACCCACCACGACCAGCAAACGACAAUGCACUUCACCACGCUCGCCAUUUCCACAAUCGCGACCACUGCCCUCGCGGCGCAUCCCCACCGUUACCGCCAAGUUCAGGCUGAGCUCGACUACUUCUCAUGCGACGGAAGCCUGGCAACACCUGUCUGCUGCGACGAGACCGAGUCGACCAGCGGCGUUUGCGACAAGGCCAAUAUCGUAGCAACCGUCGAGAACAUCGACGUCGCUUCUUGCGAAUUGUACCAAGGCAAAUCGACUUAUGCUUGGUGCUGUGGAACAUACCUCAGCAGUCCGUUCCCGUUCAGUUCGACUGGAGAGCAAUGUGAGGCUGGCCAGGUCUACACCUCCGUCAUCGAGGUCGUCAACAAAGAACUGGGUGAUGUGACUGCUUAA